GGCGGGAAGUUUGAAACUCCUGGUUUUGGAAGUUGUUCCUCGAGCGCGUUUGUGCCCUUAGGCAGAGCUGGGGCCCGUUGGGCCGCGUCCCCACCCGUAGUGGAGAUGGGCUCUACUCAGAGCGUCCCAGUCACUCCAGCACGGCCUCUACCACACAACAAGUAUCUGGCCCGAGUAGCGGACCCUCGUUCACCUAGUGCGGGCAUCCAGCGCACCCCCAUUCAGGUAGAGAGCUCUCCACAGCCAAGCCUACCAGCAGAACAGCUGAUGGUUCCUAAACAGGCCCAAGACUCAGAUCCUCGCUCUCCUACCCUUGGCAUCGCCCGGACACCCAUGAAGACCAGUGGUGCAGACCCCCAGAGUCCACUGAUGAAGGAGCUGGUUGAAGUGUUUGAGAACGAAGCCUCCAAAUCAAUUUUUCCCGCAGAGCUUGUUUUGCCCCAGAAAGCCCCUUUAUCUGCUGAACUGGACUCACCUCUGGGUUCUCAGCUGUCUCUCAAGGACAAGUUGCUCCCUUCAAACCAGACUGAGCUCCCCUCCAAACAGGUGUUUACUAAAGAGGAAGCAAAACAGUCCACAGAAACCCUCGUGGCCAGCCAGAACUCAGACAAGCCCUCAAGAGACCCUGAGACUCCCCAACCUUCAGGUUCUAAGCGCAAUAGACGGAAAGCAAAGAGUAAGGUACUAGGAAGAUCCCCUCUCACCAUCCUGCAGGACGACAACUCUCCUGGGACCGUAACACUACGACAGGGGAAACGGCCUUCACCCCUAAGUGAAAAUAUUAGGGAACUAAAAGAAGGAGGCCAUCUUGGAACUGGAAGAUUUUUGAAAACUGGAGGAGGAAUGUGUGAACAGAGCCAGGACCACGACAAGGAAAAUCAGCAUUUUGCUUUGGUGGAGAACUAGGUACACGCUGGAUUCACCCAGAGCCCAGUGACAGUCUGUGUCCUUCCCCUCUUGUUUUCAAGGGUGCUGAGGGAAAGGCUUGUUUUGUUUUGAUUAGGCUAUUAACUUUGGCACUUGGAUCUUACUGGUUUUUCUUUGUAUCUUGUGUGUUUUUUGUAUAUUAAAGGAAGUGAUUUUAAAUGA